AUGGUUAAAGUUACAGUUUGUGGUGCUGCCGGUGGUAUUGGUCAACCCUUAUCAUUAUUAUUAAAAUUAAAUCCUCAAGUUUCAGAAUUAGCUUUAUUCGAUAUUGUUAAUGCUAAAGGUGUGGCUGCGGAUUUAUCUCAUAUCAAUACUCCUGCUAUUGUUACUGGUUAUCAACCUGCCAAUAAAGAAGAUAAAACUGCUAUAGUUGAAUCUUUAAAGGGAACUGAUUUGGUUAUCAUUCCAGCGGGUGUUCCAAGAAAACCAGGUAUGACAAGAGCUGAUUUAUUUAAUAUUAAUGCCUCAAUCAUUAGAGAUCUUGUGGCUAAUAUAGCUAGAACUGCUCCAAAUGCUGCUAUUUUAAUUAUUUCAAAUCCAGUUAAUUCAACUGUACCAAUUGCUGCUGAAGUUCUUAAAAAACUUGGUGUAUUCAAUCCAAAAAAAUUAUUUGGUGUUACUACUUUAGAUUCAGUUAGAGCUGAAACUUUCUUAGCUGGUUUAAUAAAUGUAAGUCCAACUUCUUUACAAGGUAAAAUAUCUGUUAUUGGUGGUCACUCAGGUGAUACCAUUGUUCCAUUAAUUAAUGCUACCCCAGAAAUUGCUAGAAAAGUUGCUACCUUAUCUACUGAUCAAUAUAAUAAAUUUAUUAAUAGAGUUCAAUAUGGUGGUGAUGAAGUUGUUAAAGCUAAAAAUGGGGUUGGUUCAGCUACUUUAUCUAUGGCUUAUGCUGGUUACAGAUUUGCUGAAAAUGUAUUAAAUUCAUUAGCAGGUAAAGAAACUUCAGGAUCAAUUCCAGAUUCUUCUUAUGUUUAUUUACCAGGAUUACCAGGUGGUAAAGAAUUAUCUACCAAAUAUUUAAAUGGUGUUGAUUUCUUUUCAGUACCUGUUGUGUUAGAAGGUGGUCAAAUCAAAUCAUUUGUCAAUCCAUUUGAACUCUUAAAAGUUACUAAUGAUGAAACUAAACUAGUUAAAGUUGCUUUAGAUGGUUUAUCAAAAUCUAUUGAUCAAGGUGUUGCCUUUGUUACAGCUUCAAAAUUAUAA